AGGAGGGGAGCAUGCCGUUGGAAGAGCUGCUGGCGUUGUACAGAUAUGAAGCUGGAGACAGCGUUGCCGGAGGGUCGAGUGUGGACAGCUCGUCUGUAGAGCUGACCGAUGAGCUGCCCGACAUGACGUUAGAUAAACUCAAGAAGAGGCGAAAGAGAACGAGAAUUCAAUACUCAAGCAAACACGCAGAGAGGCACGUUUCAGACGGCGCACGAACAUCGAAAUGAAUCCUCUUUCGCAUUUCCUUGCGUUUGCACAGACACAUGCACAUAAAACUGACAAAAUACCCGUCUCGACAAUGAUUCUGGUAAGCGAAGUCGGUUAUGUCUUAAGUGAAGAAAAAAAAGAUGAGAAAGAAAUCAGAUGUUCAUCAUUUAUAUUACAUCAGUGCAUCAGGUCUUAAAGGUACAGCAGUCUAUAAAUACCUGCUUCUGUCAUUACAAACAACACAUUUCUGUAUCUGAAUGCUACUGGCCUUAUUUUAAUUGUUCUUUUGGUCUCUUUAUUUAUCUAUCCUUGUGAUUUGUAUAUCUGCUCUAUAUCUUGUCUUUUGAUCGUAGUUUUUGUUAUGCUAUCGAAGAAGUACUUGGCUUCAAAUAAUAAAUGGAAAGCAAAGUUAUAUUGAUUGAUUGAUUUGAUUUGAUUUUCUUGCUGAUCCGAUCCGUGACUCAAAAACGGUGAUCUGAUCCGAACCGUGAGUUUCCAUUCAUGUUCGUUGACCUUGUUGCAUGUCCUCUUUUCUCGUAAAACAGGAGGAAAUCGCUAAAGAUCUGCUCUCUGGAGACGACGAAGAAACACAAUCUUCUGCCGAUGACCUCACACCGUCGGUGACGUCACACGAAACCAACGAUUUCUUCCCCAGAACUCUUCGAUCAAAUGUGGUUUAUGAUGGAGACAAAGAAUCUGAGGGCGAGGAUGAAGGUUUGAGUCCUGAAGACUCUCGCAAGGAGAUCAUGGUGGGAUCUGAAUAUCAGGCAGAGAUUCCUGCUCUCACCUGUUAUAAUGACCAGGAAAAAGUGUACGCAGAGGAAGAUCAGCUGCUUUGGCAGCCGGACAUGUUGCCCGAGUCAAAGGUCAAAAGCUUCUUGCAGGACGCUCUGCGUGUGGACGGAAAGAUGGAUGGAGAUGGCAAAUGUUCUCUGGUCAAAGACAACGAGCAGGCCUUAUAUGAGCUUUUGAAGUGUAACUACAACGUCCACGAAGCUCUUGAACGAUAUCGCAGCAAAGACAAAUCCUCAAAGGACGAGAUGCUUCCGUGGUCUGAAGAAGAAUGCCGAAAUUUUGAACACGCUCUUCUGUUGUACGAGAAAAACUUCCACCUCAUUCAGAAGCACAAAGUCAACACACGAACGGUGGCAGAAUGUGUUGCGUUUUACUACAUGUGGAAGAAGUCCGAGCGAUUUGACUUUUUCGUCCAGCAAAACCGGUUCGGGAAGAAGAAGUUCAGCAGUUAUCCUGGCGUCACGGAUCUGAUGGACCGGUUGGUGGAUGAAGCCGAGGGUUUGGUGGAUGGAUCUGCGUCUGUGUGUUCCAGCGGCAGCGGCAGGAUCGAGCCUCCGACCGAGCAACAGCUCAACCUGCUCAACUCCAUCACAGCCAGUGACCUCUCCGCGUUGACCAGCACAGUGGCAUCGGUGUGUAACCCCGCAGACGUCAGCUGUCUGGACUCCUACAGCUUCUCCUCGCUGGACGGGCUUCACCGCGGUCCCCUGAGCCACGAAGAGCCGCUCAACUACUCCAGCAACAGAGACGGAGACUGCCUCAACCUGAUGGAAACGGGCUUCUACCAUUCGGAGCUCGGGCAGAUCAGUGUGUGCGGCGAGGACUGCGAGCGCCCCCCGGCCAAGCGGAUGAAGAUGGGACUGUCGGAGCCGUUCUUAAACGACAGCAGGAACAUGAGCGUGGAUUUCGAGGGCCGCACGCACCACAUCACAAGUGCCAAAAUGGCAGUUUCGGUCAGUGACUUCAGCGAGGCGGGCAGCUACAUGGGAGCACACACACUGCAUCAGCACACGGCGCUGCAGUCGGAGUAACACUUCGUGCUUCAUGCAAUCCAAUAUAUUCCUUCAGUUCCUGGUUAUAUACAUAUGUGUGUAUAUAUGUACAGAUUGAUCUUUUUUUUUUUUACUAUGACAUCAGUGAUGUCUAAUUGUACAGACCUAAAUCUUGAUUUCUCAAGAGCUAAUACAGCCAUUUAUUUUCCAGUCUUGAAUUUUUGGAAGUGUCAUAAGCG